UAAAAGUAGGUUAGCAGAGAAAUAAGGCAAAGAAGCAGAGAGGCGGAGAGCCAGCAACUACAUCACCAAACUCUCUUACCACCUCUUCUGCACUCAGUUACGCAGCAAGGGAAAAAAUUAUACUCUGUAUUUACACACAGAAACAAACACGCAAGACGAGACGUACUAGAAACAUUAUUAAACCGAGAGCACCUUUUUUUUUUUUUUUUUUAAAAAAAAAAAAGCAUUUUAACAGAGCUCCUUGGGGCUUAACGAAAAAAAAAAUAGAUAUCUGAUUUUUUUUCUUUUUGGAGUUACAUGACUGUGGAAUUAUAACCAACAAAUAUGAGAGCUCAAAUCGAAGUGAUCCCGUGUAAAAUCUGCGGGGACAAGUCCUCAGGAAUACAUUACGGCGUCAUCACCUGCGAGGGCUGCAAGGGUUUUUUCCGGCGCAGUCAGCAAAACAACGCCAUGUACUCCUGCUCUCGCCAGCGCAGCUGCCUGAUCGACCGCACCAACCGAAACCGCUGCCAGCACUGCCGCCUGCAGAAGUGCCUGUCGCUGGGCAUGUCGCGGGACGCGGUGAAGUUCGGUCGCAUGUCCAAGAAACAGCGGGACAGCCUGUACGCGGAGGUCCAGAAGCACCAGCAGAGCCAGGAGUUGGCCGUCCCCAAGGAGGAGCCCGAGAGCCACAGCAGGUCCUACAGCAACAGCUCCAGCGCGGGGCUGAGCGACCUCGAUGACAUCAGCGCCCUGCCGGAUGGGUUGCUCUUCGACCUCCCGCUGACCCCCGAGGGGGCUGGCCAAUACAGCGCAGAGCUGCUGGACUUGGCACAGUCCUCCCCUGAGCAGUGCAGCACGGAGCUCUCGGACGCCAGACACAUCAAGCAGGAGUACCAGCCCAGCCUCUUCUCUCCCCUGCCAGAGGGCACCUCCAUGCAGGAGAUCGAGCGGGUCUCACAGAACAUUGUCAAGUCUCACUUGGAGACGUGUCGGUACACAGCAGAGGAGCUGAAGAGACUCACCUGGACUCUGUACACGCAAGAGGAGAUCCGGACCCUGCAGAGCAAGUCCACAGAAGCGAUGUGGCAGCAUUGCACUCACCAACUCACCAAUGCCAUCCAGUACGUCGUGGAGUUUGCCAAACGCAUCACCGGCUUCAUGGACCUCUGCCAGAACGACCAGAUCAUUCUGCUCAAAGCAGGGUGCCUGGAGGUGCUGCUGAUUCGCUCGUGCCACGCCUUCAACCCCGUCAACAACACGCUGCUCUUCGAUAGCAAGUACGCAGGGACUCCAGUCUUCAAAUCCCUCGGCUGCGAUGACCUCAUCAACGCCGUGUUCGAGCUGGCGAAGGGGCUGAGCCGCCUGCAGCUGACGGAGGAGGAGAUGGCUCUGUUCAGUGCCGCCGUGCUGCUGUCACCUGACCGGCCCUGGCUGACGGACACUCAGAAGGUACAGAGGCUGCAGGAGCGCGUCUACCUAGCCCUGCAGAGCUGCCUGCAGAGGAGACCUGCCAGCAAGGAGAAACUCACCAAGAUGGUCUCCAAGCUGCCUCUGAUGAAGUCAAUCUGCAACCUGCACAUGGACAAGCUGGAGUUCUUCAGCCUCGUGCACCCCGACACGGCCUACAGCUUCCCCCCCUUGUACCGCGAGGUCUUCGGCAGCGAGGUGCAGUACCCAGAUUCCAGCGAGCGCUAAGCCAGGGGGGGCCCCCAGGAAAAUCCACUGACACAGCAUUCCCCCCCCCCAGCCCCGAACCCCAAAGCAGAACACAAAAGCACUUGAAUGAAUGAGUGACUGAAUGUACCACUCCUUGGACAAACCACGAAGGAGACCAAACAGACAAGCUGCUCCAGUCCAGAGAAUGUACAGAACAGUGCACUGGAGAAGCGGCGGAGGGGCGAGCCAAGCCAAGCUGCAGCCCAGCCCAUCCUCGAGUUUCCUUAAGAAACAAAGAAAAGGGAGCAAGGAAACGAAGGGGACAACCCCAGAUGGAGCCCCCAUCUCCCCAGCCUGCCUCCAUCCUCCUUCCCCACAAGCGCACACUCGCACUCCGCCCCAAAGUGGGAACUCAACCCAAACGCCACUGUCCCACUUUUCCUUGCACACCCGCGCUGGAUAGAAUUAGAGGGUUUUUUAAACAUGCUUUUUAAAUUUCAUAUAUAAAUAGCAUAUAUGUUCUGAUAACGCCAAACCUGAUAGCCUGACAGCCUGCAGCUGUCUGACUUCAAGACGGAAAAACUCAGCUGCCUGGUCUGUCAUUGCGUAGCCAUGGUAAUGAUCCGCUCUGCAGAAGUGCGCCACCUGCUGGACUUUUAAAAUAUAUAUUUGAAAUGAAAAAAAGUAUGACGGUUGGCCCUACUGCUGGAGGGAAUCUCUCAAUGUAGUCCAAGCAAGACAGCCCUGGCUACGACUGCCACCUCCAGGCUUGUAUCCAGGCCUCUGAAAAUAAAUAAAUAACUCAGACUUGUUUUGUUAGAAGCUCUUUCUGUAAAAAGAAAGGUCAGUAUUGUCUUCUUUUGUGUGUACAUUGGUGCUGACCGACAAUGCUGCAAACAUGUAAACGUGAAGGGAUACAAGAUGCAUUCAAGCCAUGAUUUAUAAAUGAACGUACUAGCUAUCUACCUUUGAAUGGGACAGAAUGCCACACAUGGGGGCAGGACCAUACAGAGGGACGCAGACUACGCUACCCUCUUUCAGUGUUUGAUGCAGAUAUUUGACUGCAGCAAUAGUAUCGAUUUUAAAGUUCAUGUGUGCUAUCUAGUGAUGUGAGUGUGGCACUGCGGGCAGGCGGGCGGGCAGACAGCUAUCCAUGGGUACACUAUCGGUUUAUCAGGGCGGUCCUAACCAUGCCGGCACCACAUUCUGUAUUUAAAAAAAAAAAAAAAAUUCAAGACAGAUCCCUAACCCCUUCUAGUGGAAUAAUUAGGGAUUGCCAAAACAGAAACUCUUGAAAAUGGCAUAACGUUAUAUAAAGUUUAACGCUGUAUUUGUUACUUUUGUAGGAUCUGAAUUGAAGUUUAUUUUUUAUCUAGUAACCAAGGUCAUGGUUGGAACAAAGACCUGGACUGGAAGGACUAAGGUUUACUGGCCAGUCUAUAUGCUUGUACCAGAUGGUUUCCUCAGAGGGUGAGAACUGAACUCUGCCAGCGCUCUGAGCAGCGUGUAGAGUUAUUGAGGUCUGGCUCAGAGUAGCAUUCUGAAAACCAGCAUCACGCUGUGCAACAGGUUUUCUUGUGAAUGUUGGGAGAGGAGAAAAGACCUUUAAAAAGCUAUACACAGAUCUAAGUUUUUUUUUUUUGUCUGUAAAUGCAAACAAAGCAAAAAAGUUAAGAAGCUUAUAAAACAUGUUGAUUGAUGUUAUUAUUAGAAUUCUAGUCUUCGUUUCAAUGUGUUAUCUGUGCCCGAUGUUUUUUUUUUUUUUUUUUUGUCUUGUAAAAUUAUAAUUCUAUUUUUUUAAAAAUAAAAAAAAAACGAUUCUGUGAUGCCGUUGAUGCUGAAGUUGACCAGACAGAAAAUGGAAAGUGGAUUUAAAAAAAGAAAGAAAAAAAAGAAUUUGGAUUUUUAAUAAAAGGAAAAUGAUAUAAUAUAUUAAUAUUAUUAUUAUUAUUAUGGUUUAAAGAAUUUUAAAACAAGCGUAUAUUGUUGUAUAUUGAAAAUGUGGUUUUAAGAAUGUAAUAAAAUACUUUUUUAAAAUA